AUGACCUUGACUAAAUAUCAAAGAGGAGAUUUUAUAGAAGGCUGGAAUGAUUGUCCAAAUAUAUUCAAAUUAAAGAAUAGUACUGGUGAUGAAAAAAUACGACAUGAAUUUGACAAGUUAAAUACCCAACAUUUAACAGAUUAUACAGAGGUGUUAAAUAAAGUUCUAUCAUUAGAUUAUAAUAACAAAAUUUCGUCUAAAGACUUAGAUUUAUAUAAGAGAAAAUUUGAGCAAAUAGAUUUAGAUUCACAUUUAGAUUUUUUACUCAAGAUAUUACAACAAAUAUAUGAAUAUUCACAGAAUAAAGACAAGGAACUACAAAAGAAAAUUAAAAUGGAAAUAGUGGAAUAUUUGACGAAUCAUGAUGGUGUUAGUAGAUGGUGUUCUCCAUUGAAAAGAAUGAUUACGAGUUUAUAA